AUGUCUUCCUUGUCGGAUCGCAUCUCUAUGCUGGAGGGAAUGUUGCUGGAAAAAGGAGUCGCACUUCCUCCUGCCGCCCACCCCCCCAAGACAAGACACGAGGCUCAACCAAAGACCUCCGAAGAGGAGCGAAAGCAUCAUGGCACACAACAGAAGGCUCGCGAGUCAUCCGAAAGAUCACCUCAAGCAGAAGUACCCUCCCCACCAGACUCUGCUAAUGAGGACUACACGAUGCAAGACAGUGACCGCGCAGAUAGCGCUCAUGCCGACGGACCAGUCCCUGCAAGCCAGAUCUUCCAACCGCUGCCGAAGGAGCAGUCUCCAUUCCGGAUGCUGGACCCAAAACAAGAAGACAUUGUCCAUCGCCUUCUCUCAACAAAAGGAAACCUCUCAUUCGAUCAACUGUCUGGGCGGCUACGUUUCUUCGGGCCCACUGCCAACUCACAUGUAUACGCAGAGCCCUCAGAUCAGUUUGAUUUCCGCGAACCUCCAGAGCAAGUCCGACGAGCCGAGCGCAUGAUCAGGUCCAUCACGGCAGAAACUCACGAUUAUCUCAUGGACAAUUUCUGGACUCAUUAUAAUUCAGUGCUGAAAGUCGUACACCAGGAGGCUUUCGAUGCCGACAGAGAGUCGCAGAACCCAAAGUUCUACUCUUCGUUUCUUCAUAUUUGCAUCCUUGCCAUGGCGUUUCGUUUCGCAGACGCCGACAGGGAUGACAUGAAGAGAAUUGCGUUGGGCGGUCGAGAGAGUACGCUGCAUCGGGAGGCCAAAUAUAUGCUCGAUAUCGAGCUCGAACGCCCCGGCGGCAUCCCCAGCGUGCAAGCCCUCCUGCUCCUCGGCGAUUUGGAAUGCGGUGUCGGCAGGGACAACACCGGCUGGAUGUAUGCUGGUAUGGCGAAUCGUCUAGCAUUCGACAUCGGCCUUCAUCUUGACUGUCGUAACACUGGGAUCAAUGAGCAGGAAGUUGACAUUCGUCACAUGGUCAUGAGAGCCUGUGUUAUUUACGACAGAUACUGGGCAUUGUUUCUGGGUCGACCAACGAGUAUCAAAAACCAGGAUAUCGGAAUGGAUUUGCUUUCACGCCGCUUUUCUCAAUUGACAUCGUUGAUGGGUGGGCCUGGCGCUGCUCACAAGAAGAACAUCGCUGCCGAGGUUUACGACCAGCUGAUAGAGUUGAUGGAGCUUGCGGGACGAAUCGUUGAGACUCGAGAAGUACGAAACAAGCAGCGGGGAGAUGGCACAGACAAUGUAUUCAACACCAACGAAGGCGAAGAUAACGCAUACUUGCACGCUAUAAAUCUCGACCGACAACUUCAGAAUUGGUAUAGGCGGCUCCCUGAGCAUCUGCAAUGGAAACCAUCAGCUAUCAAGAGCGCGCCUUUCAGCUAUUUCCUCUUACAUCAACAGUACCACGUCUCCAUGAUCCUACUGCAUCGUCCUUGGGCCAAAUACGGAGCCAUUGCUAGCGACGGCACCAGCACAGGAUCGCAUCCGAGCCCAGCGUCCGCCUCCGAACCCAAAGAUGUCCUCGACCAGCACCCCUUUUCUCUGCCCAUCAACUCCCCGGGGAUGGCAGAUCCUCAUGCUAUGGUGGAUGACAGCAGAACAGCACUGUCACGCAGCAUCUGCACACAGCAGGCGAUUCGUGUGGCACGCAUUUUCUGGCAGCAUCGCCAACGUUUCGACGGCCGCAAGAUCUUCGUCACCGGGAUUCAACAUGCCGGCACAGCUGCGAUCGCCUUGAUAGCUGCGCUAGCCUACAAUCACAGCGAACCAGAUAGGCGCACUUAUCUUGGGUAUCUCGAAAUUCUUUCGAGUGCCGUCAGCGAUAUGAGCCAUACGUACCAACCAGCAUCCCGCAUGGAUGACCUUCUCAAGGCUGUUUUGGUCCAACUUCGAGCUGAUAUCAACGACUACAACGAUGGGAUCCAACCACCAAUUACCUUGUCGGGUAGCGAUAAGAGCCUGCUAUCCAGUUCAGGGUGGAGAGGAAAUAUGGAUACAAUCUACUCCAUCUUGCCAGCAAGGCGUGAAGCGGACGCUGGCAGUAGCCAGUCUCACAAAAGGCGCCGUCCAUCCACAACCAGCCGCAGGGCAUCGGAGUUCACCCGUCCACCACCGCCGUUCUUCCUUUCCCAGUCAAAUACAAUAACAUCGCGGGCUUCGGGCCAUCGGUCGGCCGGUCAGCAUCCCCCAAUCGACCCAGCAAUGUACUCCUCGGGUAGCGGUGACAUGCAAGGCUUCAAUUUGGAUUUCCUAAACGGCUCGGCGAUUGAGGCUGACCUUGAUGAUGCCUCGGAUGGCAUGUUGAGACCAUCUGAAGACUUCGUGCUCGUUGCUUCUCAAUCAGAUGGAUGGACACUCGGCGGGUUGAACGCAGAGAACACGGCCCAACACGGCGAAGCUGCGUAUGACGGGACAGGCCUGGGCGAAUGGGCUUCAGGAACAACUAGACCGAACGCAAGCUCCAAACUCGGCGGUUCAGAUGCCGUCUCAUCGGCUGCACGUGACAACGGGCGGGGGGAUGGCGGGGGAAAAGAGGGCGGCGCAGCUGUUCCGCGGGGGCUCUUGAGCGAGAAAUUGAAUCAAGGUUCAUCUGUAAGUGCAGGAGACGAGGCUGACAAGUCUCAACCUCUCAACUCGCUUGACUCUGGAAGCAUGGAUUGGAUGGGCAGCGAAGGUGGACUGAACGCGCUGAGUCCAGUCAGCUUGAGUGGAUUGGUGCAGAGCGCAAUGCCGGAUAAAGGAGAAAGCGAGUCUUCUGCGGUCAACAGAAACCAUGAGCUAGACUUCUUCAGUUUUUGA